GAGUAUCCCAACGCAUUGUGUUAAAGUGUUACCAGUGAUUCAAUGUAGACGCAUCGGAUAAUCAAUUUCCGAAAGAUAUAACAGAAACGGACAUUCAUUAGUCUUCCAAGCAAAAAAAUGAAACCGGUCCAAUUGAUGCUCAACGUCAUGAUAUUAUCAUUCUGUAUCAAAUUGCACGCAGCAAAUAUCCAAACGAUCACAGAAGAUGUAAAUGAAAUCGACACAAAAAGUCUCACCGUCGAUUCGAAUUAUAUACCCUCGUUUACCAAGUUUCCAUGGGCUCCCAUUGUACUCAAUGAAACAUACGACCAAUUCUACAGUUCAUUAGCUCAAUUUGAGGUGAACACGAAUUUAAAUGAUGGAACAAGUGUUGUAUUUGAUAUCGUUCAAGAAAAUGAUUCGACAGCUAACAUACAAACUACAUUUAUCUUAGAGCAGGUCAAUAACACCGCAUACAUAAAGCUGGGAGGCAAACUUGACUAUGAAAAGGUGCAGGAAUAUAGAAUCACGGUACGAGCAAUAAAUUUCAGAGGCUUGAAAGCAGAUGCAACAAUGCUCGUCAAGGUCUUAGACGAGAACGAUAACAUUCCAGAGUUUAUAGGAGACUCGAAUGGAGUUAUCCUCGAACACGAGCCAGUAGGCACAUUCGUGAUGCAAGUAAAGGCACAUGAUAAUGACGGGACAUCGGCCAACAACAUCGUAUCGUAUCGGCUCGAGGGUACUGCUCAACAGUAUUUCCACAUUGACAGCAAAACUGGCAACAUUACGUCAUUGAUGGAGUUCGAUCGUGAGGCGAAGGAUAUUUAUCCUGUAACUGUGGUUGCCGAAGAUAACUCACCAUCCGUCCUGUUCAAUAAUGGAAAGCCAAACAGUGCGGUAAAACAGUUGUUCAUAAGAGUUUUGGACAAACGCGAUCAUCCGCCACCGUUUGAGGAACAAUAUUACGAGGUGAACAACAUACCAGAAGACGCUGACACCAAUACAAGUGUUAUCAAGGUGAAGGCAACGGAUCUGGACAAAGAUCCCAAGAUUAAAUACAGCAUUAUAGAGAAUAACAUUGGAAAGGCGUUUAAGAUCGAUGAGGACACCGGUCUUAUUUCAGUUAACAAAAAGCUCGACUAUGAAUCGAUUCAAGAAUACGAUUUAGUCGUGCAGGCCCAUGACGGACUUUUUAAAAGCACAACCAACGUACGGAUUCAAAUAAAAAAUCUGAAUGACAUUGCACCGCAAAUUUUGAGCUUAACAAACGUCACGAUCAAAGAAAACACCAUUCCCUUGGAUUGUAUUGCAAAUUUGUGGGCCUAUGAUCCAGACAUCGAGAAUUUCGAGUUCCCACAAAACAUACAAUAUGCACUUCCCAAAGAACACCAGCACCUCUUAAGCAUCGACGACAAAGGAUGUCUUAAACUGCUCCAGCCUCUUGAUCGUGAUCCUCCACAUGGGCAUGAAGUGUUACAAAUCAAUAUUACCAUUACAGAUGAAAACGGUAAGGGAAGAACGGCUAUGGAAACAGUUUACAUCUUCGUUGAAGACAUUAACGACAACGCGCCCCAGCUUACCAAUAGAAUGCCAGUUGUGUGGAGCGAGAACCGCCCUUCAGCCAUGAUCACGAAGCUGACUGCAGAAGACGCUGAUGGAGAGCACAAUGGACCGCCGUUCUUCUACAGUGUCGAUCCCGACGCCCCAACCGAGAUCAAAAAUCGCUUCCAGACUGUAGGUGAUGAGCUGUAUUCAUUGGUGGAGUUUGAUCGCGAGCAGCAGAAACAAUACUUGGUACCGAUACUGAUUCGAGACUCGGGUCAUAAACCGAUGAGCGCCGUCAGCAAACUGUUGGUGGUGAUUGGUGACAAAAAUGACAACGAAAUGCAAAUGGGCCAGAGCCACAUUCUCGUCAACAAUUACGAAGGCAAGCUGGCAGAUACGCAGAUAGGUCGAGUGUAUGUCAGCGAUCCAGAUGAUUGGGAUGUAUCAGACAAGAUGUUCCUUUGGGAUGAGAUGACGCCCGAGACGAAUAGGAAGCUCUUCAAACUCAACAUCAACACCGGUAUGAUCACGAUGAUAAAAGGCACACCCGAAGGAAUAUACAAUCUAGCGUUCACUGUGAUUGAAGAAUCAUCCUAUUUUCCACGGCACAACGUAUCUGCUCGAGUGACGGUGUCAGUGAAAAACAUCUCGGCAAAAACAGUCAACCAGAGUGGAUCGAUUCGCUUCUACAAUGUAACGGCUGAGAAAUUCAUAUCUCAGACACUGGGUGAGCUCAACACACCCAUGUAUCGACUUCAGGAAAGCAUUGCAACCAUUCUGGAUACCAGCCCAGAUCAGGUGGACAUAUUCACGAUCAACAAUCGUAAGCUUGCCCGGGGUGCAUUCUUGGACGUGUUCUUUGCAGUAGAUGAUACUAUUUACACAUCGUCAGAGGUCUUAAAUGCAGUGUUAAGUUUGCAUCUACGCCAAUUGGAGGAAGACGUCGGGUAUCGGAUUGUGACGGUUGGUAUCGAUGAGUGCAUCGAGAAAGGACAAACAUGUACACAGACAUGCGAGAACAAGGUCCUUAAAACAGCAAAACCAAUCGUAGUGCACACCAACACUAACUCGUUUGUGGGAAUGACCACCUUGGUGCAAGCAGAGUGCAUCCCACAGAUAGAAUCUUCGUUGGUAGCAUGCUUGAACGGUGGCACUUUCCAGAAUGGUAAAUGUAAUUGUCCCACGAGGUUCGAAGGUCCCCAGUGUGAGAAAUUGGACAUCUGUUUUGAUGGAAUUGGGUAUGCAAUCUAUCCAUCGAUCAACAGUGGCAACGUAAACAACAUCAGCAUCGAGUUAUUGCCCCGACAAAAAGACGGGUUGGUAUUCUACAUGGGUCCUCUGAAGUAUGAUCCAUCUUUGAAGGCAUCACCUUUUCUGGCAUUGAAAAUCAACGAUGGUAUGUUGGUCUUACUAUUGGACUAUGGAACUGGGACGAGCCGUUUCGAGCAUCAACCAAUAGUUUUACACGAGAUUACUAAAGUUCAGGUUAUUUUACAGCCAAAUAAGAUUGAAAUAAAAACGGUGAACAAUAAGAUGGUGAGCAGUAGGAGUCAUUAUGAAAACAAGGAAUGGAGCGGGUUUCUUCCAGUUUUUGCUGCUUUCAUUUCAACAGAAGACAACAAACAUGACCUAGUUGAUUAUUCCCUAGUGUGUUCCACUAAAACAGGCCUGGACGAGGUAUCGCAUGUGGUGACGGUUUAAGUUUUGCCAUCAUUUUGAGUUAAUUAUUUUUAGAAAAAUUUGAACUAAAUACGCAGUUAUAUUAAAUAAUGUGUUUUUCUAAUGUAAAUAAUCUAUAACCAUCUCCAAACAGGCCUAUACCCUUCCUCAAUCCACGUGUACAAUGAUCGGUACAUUAAAGUGAUCACUACUUACAAUUUUACAUUUGUUCUAUUUGUUAUACUACAACUUUGAAUUUUUACUUAUAAGUUGUUAUGCGCUUAUAAAUGUACAAUGGGAAUGAAAAUGAAUUGCUUUAAGAAAAAUAUUACACCAUCUGUCAUUACUAUAUGGACAGUUGUUUUUCCUGAUUUGCGGAAAAUCCGGCUGAGAUAGGUUAAAACAGUGCAUCUAUUAAUUAUGAAAAAUACUAUUCUUUGUCUGUUUUUUUCGACAUUUUGAAACAAUUAUUACAUGUCAUAUUACAAAAAAAAAACGAAUUUAGGGUCGUAACAUAUGUGUAAAGAUAUUUCGAAAAAUAGGUUUUUAUUCUAACUAAUACAUUUAAAAAUUGCCCAAAAAUACAAAAAAAAACUUAUUUUUGGAUUUUUUGACUUAUUCAAAAUAAAUUAUUUGGCGAUCUCUAAAACAAGUUUUUAUAAGGGGGCGUCCAUAAAUUACGUAACGCUCAAAGGGGGGGGGAGGGGGUUCCCUGUAGCGUUACGGUUUGUUACAUAGGGGAGAGGGGGGGUUCACAUUCUGUUACGUAACGUAAUACAAUCCUAUCACUGGUCACUGACAAAUGAUCGCCCACCUGGGUAAGUUUUGCACUUUUAUUUCUUUGUAUCUUUUGAUAGGGAAUACGAACUUGACAUUUAUAAAACACCAAAACAGAGGUUUGACAGAAAAUUGCCAUGAAAAAAUCCACCGUGUAAUACAGGUUUAAGAGCCGUGUGUCUCAGGUAAAGACUGUAGUUUUCAAUCUUACCGUCAACAAAAUUCAAACAGUUACAUGUCAUUCUACGCUAAACGCAUCGACCUGUAUAUUAUUGUUGGUAAACAACAGUCGUGCGGUGCUGUCAAUCAGGAUUAGUUGGAUAAUUCGGCUGCCUCGAUCAUCCGGACCACCCGGAUGAUCGAGAAAGGGAAUUCGUAACGUUACGAGACAGGGAACGAUUAAGCGGUAGUAGCGAAGAAACAGGCAAAUAAAGCGCAGCAAAUUUUUAACCCUCCCUUCAAAAAGGUGUUAAAA